AUGCUACUUUGCUUUCCACAGAUGGAGACAUCACUUGAUUUGACCAACAUGACCAGAGUCCAUCAAUUUGUGUUGUUAGGUUUUCCUACAAGGCUGGGGAUAAGGGAUACCUUGUUUGUCAUCUUCCUGGGUCUCUACCUGCUGACACUCGUGGAGAACGCACUCAUCAUCUACCUCAUCUGCAGUCACAGUGAGCUCCACAAGCCCAUGUACUUCUUCCUGGGCAACCUCAGCUGCCUGGAGAUAUGCUAUGUGUCAACCACCAUGCCCACUCUACUUGUGGGGCUAUGGACCGGGCCCUACCAUAUUUCUUUUGUAACUUGCAUGACGCAACUCCUCUUCUUUGUUUCUCUCAUCUGCACAGAGUGCACCCUCCUGGCCUCCAUGGCUUAUGACCGCUAUGUGGCCAUCUGCCGCCCACUACACUAUCCACUGCUCAUGAGGCCCCAAGUAUGCCUGGGCUUAGCCUUGUCUUCGUGGCUGGGUGGGCUGGUGGUCUCAGCAAUAAAGACAAAAUGCAUUGCAAGCUUGACCUACUGUGGCCCCAAUGUCCUCAACCAAUUUUUCUGUGAUGUCUCCCCUCUGCUCAACUUGUCCUGCACCCACGUGGCCCUCACAGAGCUGGUAGACUUCAUCUCAGCCAUUGUCAUCUUCUGUGGAACACUCCUGGUGUCCCUGGCCUCCCUACUCAGCCAUCGGGAAUGGCUGUACUCCGUCAUGCCAUCAGCUGCUGCCCGGCGCAAGGCCUUCUCCACCUGUGCCUCCCACCUGGUAGUGGUGGGCAUUUUCUACUCAGCGGCUCUCUUCAUCUAUUGCCGCCCCAGCCGCAUCAAGUCCAUGGACCUCAACAAGGUGCUGUCUGUCAUCUACAUGGUGGUCACACCUCUCUGCAACCCUAUCAUCUACUGUUUAAGGAAUAAGGAGGUCCACACUGUGCUGAAGAAGACUCUCCAUUGGCCUUAG